AUGGGGCUUCCAGAUCUGGGUCUCCGCCUAUGUAUCUUGAUGGCAUUGUCUAUGUAUGUUGGAAACGCCAUGAAGGACCUGGUGUGCGGACCCCGUCCCAUCGGGCUUGUGCACCGGGACUCCACGAUUCGCUUCCUGGGGAAAGGGCAUGAGGAAGCCGAGCAGAAUGCCAAGGAGUAUGGCCUCCCCUCGUCGCAUGUCAUGAAUUCUGUGUGCUUCAACUUCUUCACUGUGCACUACCUCUUGGAGAAUGAUGUGGUCGGCCCUGAAACGGCAGCUGGGCUGUAUGCCGCGGUGGUGGUGUGGGCGCUGUGGAUCGCGGCCUCCCGCCUGUACCUGGGCCUGCACAGCCCGAUAGACAUCCUGACGGGGGCCAUCGCCGGGCUCACCAUUGUCGGCUGCUUCAUCCAUGUGGAAGACGAGGUGGUGGCGAGCAUCCUGAGUGGCCCCCACACACUUCCCUGCACACUGCUCGUCUCGCUGGUGGCGCUGCGCCUGCACCCGCGCCCCCUGGAGUACACCCCCUCCUACGAGUUCACGGCCUCCUUCCUGGGCGCGUCGUCCGGGGUCGUGGCGGGGUCCGCCCGUACCUGGCCGGCGCACCACGCCCCCGGCAUCCUCCUGUCCCGCGUGGCGGCCGCGGGCGCGCCGGCCGCCGCGCGCCGCGUCGCGCUGGGGCUGGCCAUGGUGGCGGCGGCCAAGGCAGCGGCCAGGGUUGCCUGCGCGAUGCUGCUGCCCCUCCUGUACCGCUUCUUCCCCACCACCCUGCGCGCGCUGUGGCAGCCUCCGGUGGCGGACAUGUGCGCGCCGGGGGCCAAGCGGGACCCGCGGCUGGCGGCGCUGCCGCACACGGCGGCGGGGGUGCCCUGGGACGUGGAGAUCACGGCGCGCUACUUCUCCUACUUUGCACUGGGGUGGGCGGUGACGGAGGCCAUGCCACGCACCGUGUAUGCAUACGGCUGGUGA